UCAGGUCAAUGACCUUUCGUCCGAUUCAGGAAUAGUUAGAGACGUGUGCAAGUAUGUGAAAAAAAAUCAAAGCUGCAAAAAACACAAAAAGGAAAAUCUGAAAUGAAACCUCAAAAAGUUGGCGAUACUCAGCAGGCCGGACUGAAGGAAAUAUUACGGGUGAUGCGACAAAUUGAUGAUAGGAUAAUCCAUGAAUUAAAUACUAGUCUCCCUACAGCAUCCUUUGCUGGGAAGAUUGAUGCAAGUGCAAGAUGCAAAGAGCUUUAUCAUUCACUAAAGGAAGCUCAUGCCAGUAGAGAAAAAGCCAUAAAGACCUGCAUAAACCAGUCCUCCAGUAUGGUGAACAAAUUACGAGAAGAGAGGAAUAAAGACAAGGAUAAUUUAACGCUAAUAAAACGACUCCGAAAAGAACAAACUAACUUGAAACUAAUGCAGUCUGAAUUAAAUGUUGAAGAGGUUAUCAAUGACAGAAGUUGGAAGGUCUUCAAGGAACGCUGCAGAAUUCAUUACAAGCCUUCAAACAACCUGUGAACCUGAAUCAUUGAAGACAGGCCAGACUCUGCCUACCCAUGGCUUGAAAAGAAUGAAUUACAUUGAAGUUAUUCGGGUGAAAGCACAGUGGACCAUCACAGGGACCGGUUAUGGGUAUAAGCCAAGAGUUGUUAGGAUGGGCCUUUUAUCAUUGAGAGAAAAGUGUAGUUCUGGUAAUUACCUAAGCCAGCCUGUAAAAUUGGUUUCCACCAAUUUCUUAUGCUGCAAGCUUUUCAAAAAAAAAAAUCAUUUUGAAUAUCAUAAAUCUUUCAUAAUUUUUUUAAAAAUUUCAUAAUGGAACAGUUCUGUUUAUGCCAGGGAAUAUACCUGGAAAUGUCUGUUUUUAUUACACUUAUUUUUCCAUUUGUCCUGUGCAUAAUUACUGGACAAUAUCACAAUUUUUCAAGAUUAUCUCACUUAGAAUGAAUAGUCAGAGCUUUAAGUUGAAAAAAAUUGUAUAUUUAAAGUGUUACCUUUCUGACUUUGAUUGUAAUUGAUACUAUUUGAAUUUCCUGUUCCAUCACUUACUUGGUAACUUGAAAUGCAAGUAUUGAUUCAUCUCCCAAUCGACACAGUGCAUUUUGUUAGCUAAGUGUACAGAAUAAAAUCAUGAUGAUUAAGCUACGCACAUUGUAACAAAUUCUGAAGACUAAAUUGAGACAUUAGAUUUUGACAGACUGUUUUCAUCUGUGGUGUUCAGGCAAGGAAUUAAGGCCAGUAACAGUUGUAAUUUACAUAUUAAAAAUACCAUUUAUUAAAUUAGAAUCCUUUCCUCAGGCUCAUCUUCAUUUUGAAACAUUUGUCUUGUGCAUUCAUUCUGUAUCCAUUUUCUAAAAUUUUUAAAAAUGUAAUUUGCUUGCCUAUUCCCUAUAAGGUGGAAAAAGGGUGAAAGGACCUCACACCCUUUACCACAGGACUUAAUUUCUACCAUCAUUCAGUUUUCUUGCAUGUUUGAUGGGAGAUAUAGACAAAGUGGCAAAGAUUUCUUUAGUUACCAAAGUAUUUAUUUGGACUUUGUUAUUCCUGGCUUUUACCUUUUGUGUGCUAUAUAAUGUACUCUCUCUAUUAAAUAAAAACAAUCUGGAGGAGGGUCUUCCCUUUUUUCCACCUGCAUGUAACCAAGUUGCCCAGAAGCUGCUUCCAACAAGUAUUACCCUGUGGAAUAAACAUACAGGCAAUGAUACAUGAAAAAUAAUUAUUGAAAUGGGUGGUGACAUUGCUACUGUCUGCUGUUGUGUUCAUAUACAAAAGGAUUCACUGAAUCAUAAAUGUCAUGAGUUCCAUUAUCUUGGAAUCCAUUAAGAUUUAAAAGGUCUGUCUGUUCAUGUGUUCAAUGGUUGACAUUCAAUUUUGUAUAACAUAAUUCAUGUUCUUGAAGAAAUCACAAUGAAUGAAACAAUACUUUAUAUCUAGAGUAUGUCAUAUGUAGUAAUAUCCACUGGUGCUUUUAAGCUUGGUGUAGGUGCAGAUAGUGUAAAAUGUACUCCUUCGAAAGAGCUGGACCUCCCCUCAUUAAAAACAA